GUGAUUACGGUACCCGUCUUGUAACGUUACACGUACUUUACCCCCGUCAUGGGAAUGGUAUAUUCCAGAUUGAUGUCAGAAGCCUUGGGGGAUCCUUGGGAGAUCGGACGUGGGACGUGUUGUUUUCGAGUGAAAACUCAGAUUUAAUUGAUUUUUUUUUCCACUCAUUAAGCAGAGAAAGGUGCUAGAGAUGGCUCUAAGGGAGGGCGCUGCAUAAACCAUUUCACAGGGGAAGAGAUCAGGAAACUGGUGAGGCUGUCUUUGGAAAUACUGAUCUUCUGGGAGAAAGAUGUCAUGACCAGAAAAAGCAUUCAAAAUCUAUGUUUUCUAAGGUCAGCUCUUGUACAAAGCACAGAUUUGUUGCAAAUGGAUACAAGCAGAGCAAGAAGUCACGCUAGUGGAGAUUUUAUUUCCACAGUGAAUAAAAAGAUGGAAGAUGCAAAAAGUCACGAAACAUGUUCCUAACAAUGGGGACUGCAGAUGUAUCAGAAACCAGUAUCUGUCUUAUCAGCAGAGGUUUAACAUUUCUACGUACUUGGACAAAGUCAUUGUAUGAUCAAGCGAUCUGGGGGAUGCUCAGUCACAGAAGACUCUAGAAGAGACCAACAGUUCUGUAGGCUUGUUACACCGGCCCUACCCAGGUAACAUCUGUGAGUCAUGGAGAAGCCAAUUAUACUUUUCCCUAAAAGGAUUAAGACCUGGUGUUCCCAGUCUUUUCUACAUCCCAGUGCAUUGAAAGGUACCAGGUGAUAUUACUAGUAGUUCGGGUUUUACAAAGGUGUCAACAUCUGAGAGAAGUAGCUGAAGAUCUUUCAUAUCUGCCACAUCAAACGAAAAUUGUGUUGAUGUUAAGUGCUUCAAAGAGUGAAGGCAAACAAUGGAUACCUCAAGGGAGCAGCCCUUUGUGAACUGUACUAUAUGCAAUGUGAGCAAUUGGAAUGGGACAAAUAACAUAACAGAUGCACCCAGUACUAAUGAUGAGGAGAUCACUACAUUGUCACCGUCACUUGUCGUUCUGCUGUCAUUUCUCAUGAUCCUGAUGAUACUGAUCACAGUCCUGGGAAACAGCGUUGUGUGUCUGAUUGUGUUCCAGAAACCUGUCAUGCGAUCUGCCAUCAACCUGCUGCUGGCAAACAUGGCAGCAGCAGACAUCAUGGUUGGUGUACUGUCCAUGCCUUUCACAUUGAUUGCGCUCAUUGCUGGGGACUGGCUCCUUGGAACAGUUUUCUGCCAGGUCCACGCAUUCCUCUACACCAUCUGCGUGAUGGAAGGGAUCUUGAUCCUAGUCACGAUCAGUGUGGAUCGUUAUAUGAUAAUUGUGCGACGUAAGGAUAAAUUGAACACGACUCGUGCCAAAGUGCUAAUUGCGGUGACAUGGAUUUUUUCCAUUGUGGUGUCCUUCCCUCCCUUUGUUGGUUGGGGUCACCUGCGGUACCUGCCAGGACAGGCCCAGUGUAGGUUAGUCAGUGCAGGCCCUGCCGACACGGUGUACUCACUGCUGCUUGUCCUGGUACAGUUCUUCUUCCCGUUCUUUGCCAUGCUGUAUUCCUUCAUGCGCAUCAUCAGUACUGUUCGGAAGAACUCCAUGCGCAUUAUGAACCAACCAGAAUGCCUUGCUGUGACACAGUCCAACCGCCUGGGCCUACAGAUGGUCCAAGCUCGGGCUAGGAAGCUGAAUGUUGACAUGAGCUUCAAGACGCGAGCAUUCACCACUAUCUUUGUCCUUUUCAUCAUUUACGUUAUGUGCUGGGCUCCAUACGCAAUUGUGGAGGUCAUCCAUGCCUCGUGGAUUAACACCAAAGAGGUACGGGGUAUGGUGACCUUUGACUCAAUUGUGCUGUGGAUCUCGUAUCUCAACUCUGCCAUCAACCCGAUGGUGUACUGCUGGCGUAUUAAGAAGUUCCGAGAGGCUGUUCGGGAGUUGAUGCCAUCACUCAAAUUUCUGCCAAGAUUGCCUGGGCGCGUCCAUCGCCGAAUUCGUCCCGGUGCCAUGUACGAGUGUAAUGCAAGUGAGACAUCCACGGUAUAGUGCUAUAGUCAGUAUAAUACAUAUGCUAACAUAUACUAGUAGCUAAUUUUGGAAAGUUAGAUGUUUAUGUACAAGCAUAUCAUUACAGGUAUGAAUGCAGUUGGUUUUCUACCAGGUUAGUUAGGUGUGACGGAUCGUUCAGUGUAAUAUAACCAGCUGCUGCUGCACCCCGUGCCUGCGAAGCUUGUGUGUUACGCCGAAGGGCGGUUAUACCGGCUAUAUAGAUACAGAUACAGAUACAGAUACCAGUACAUUUUGAUGAAAUGACUGGAGAAGACAGGAAACACAAUGUUAUUCCUCCCAUACCUGUGGUGCACUGUAUGGAGUGAAAUAUAAUAUGAUAAAACUGGAAACUGUACAGGAUUUUAACUUAUGACAACUUUUGUUGACCUGUUUUGUGGACAACUUUAAAAGUUAUAGAUGAAUCUUCAUGAUAGUUGUUAUUUCAGUGGGUAGGUGUCUGCACAACAAGAGGACAAUUUUAAAUAUGGGCCUCCUAUCAGCUUUUUACAUGCCAGAAUAAAACUUUCAAACUCAGGGCAUAUGCUGAAUGGAUGAGGAAAUAUGGUAAUUUUGCUUCAAUCCCAAUACCGUAUUUUCUUGAAUAAAGUAUGCAAUUUCUAAACUUUUCAUCAUCAAAAAGGUGCUACAAGUUGUUGCCAAAGUUGGGGUGCAUAUGUUAUUUUAGGUUAUUGCAUGGAUAAAUGGCAAAAGAGCCUUGUAAAAUAAAGCAAGGUUAUACUUAUAGGAAGGUUUCAUAACAUACACUCAUAGGCACUGUCUAAACAUGAUUUACAUAGAGUGGCAUUUGCACAAUUCUACUGAGUUACUGAGUUUGACAGUUAGAUGUACUAGCUGAUUUCUUCUACCAUUUCAUUCUCAGUGACUUUAUAACUUAUAAUUACAUGUAUAACGCUACUUCACCUUUAUCCGCAGGGUAACCUAUAUCCGUUGCUUUUGAAAAACGGGUAGUUAGGGGUAUCAACUCGAAGGACGAUGGUUUCAAACUACAAUAGUUUACAACUUGAAACCACCGUCCGUCGACUUAAAAUCCCUUUAAGUAAUAUUACCGUGUGGGUUAACACAAUAAAUAUCUAUUUAUUAGGUUACCCUGCGGAUAAAGGUGAACUAGCGUUAUAAGUUGCAGUAGGCAAGAUGAUAGAGAUUUUGUAACCUCAGGUUAUGCAAAAUAACCUGGGGAAAACAUAAAAAAAUGAAUUUAUCCAGUUCAAUAUCUCCUCAAAAUUGUAGGAGAGAGAGUGCAUACUUUGAGUUUUUCCAUUUUACCUUUGAUUCCCACAGAUCUGUCUGAGACUUGUUGCAAAUCAUUGGUUUAAUUGGGGUGUAUACUUUAAUCGAGAAAAUACGGUAGGACUUAAUUGUGACAUAAAGUCACUUAGGUAUUCAACAUGCAAACAGACACCUAGUUUGCAUAAUCAAUGUGACAAUAAAAUGAUAUUUUUACAAAUGUAUUCACACAAAUUGCAUAUUUGCGGGGAUUUGGAUGGAAAGCAUCAGUAGAUAAAAAUCAUGCAUGUAACAGUAUAUUAUGUGCGUUACUGCAUCAUUAAUGAGAAAUGUGUAGAAUAUGUGGACUAACAUCCUAUGUAAUUGGAUAAGAAAAAGCCUGUAUCUAGAAUUGUUCAUUACUACGAAAUAAAUUUGAUUCUCAUAACUUUUGCAGAAAGCAGCUUCUGCUAUUUGUGUAUUUCAAGGGUGCUUCAGAAAGUAAUGCCAUUUUUUCAUUGAAUAAGUUGAAAUUGGCACAAAGGUAAAGGCAUGUAUCCUGCUGAGAUUGAAAUAUCUCAAUUUGUUGUUCAAUUUUUUAUGAGUGACUGAUUUGAGUUCAAGAUGACCACACCUUUGAUAGCCCUUCACAACAAAUGAGAGACUUAAUUAACAUGUCCCAGACUCACUUCUUCUUAUCCAAUCAUGUAGCAGCCCUCACUAUUAUGUAUUUAGUAUGUACUAUGUAAAAAGUAUGUACAUAGACUUGUAGACUCAUGCGACUCAUGAGGACUUUAAACGAUGUAAAUUGCAUCUCUGUUAUAUACUUUGUCUGAACCUUGCUUCUUCCUCAUGACCUCAAUGAAAAGCAGCCUGCUGGCUGAUUUAAGCUUUCAUGAAUAAACAAAGGUUAAAAAAAAUGAAAAAAAAAAAAAACUUUUGUAGCUAUUGUAAGAAACUGAACCUCCUCAUGUAUCAGGCUACAUUUCUGACGUUAAACCACGUCUGUUUUCAGUUUUGAAAUCCAAUCAGUUUUUCUUUUUCGUUCAGGGUUGUGAAUCGGGUGGGCUGAUUAAAGUUUCUGUAGCUGACUUUCUUAUUAACUGAAAAGAAUCAAACUCAGCACAUUUCUUAAUCAGUUAUAGAUAGCUCGUAAUUGUGCCAAGUUUCGUAUCUUUUGGUUUCUAUCGAAAAAGUAGUCUACAAAAACCAUCAACAAAUCAUGUAUUUGGCUAUUAUUCAAACUGCCUGUAAUUAUAUAGCAACUCCAUUCUUGCAGCUGUAAAAGAGGAACCAUUAAGUGUUCAGAAAUGAAAUUUGGCAUAUAACCUAUGAAGACACUCUAUUAUUAUACACUGUCAGUUGAUAUUGUUAUACAACUUCCAACAUUAUUAUACAGCUUCCAACAGUAGUUAUAACUGGGUCAUACCUAGAGGAACUGAUCUUCUGACAAACUUCCAAGGGUGUGGUCGUUUUGAAAUCAACUCAUUUGUUCAUAAAAUCCUGAAAACAAAUUGAGGUAUUCAAUUAUCAAGAGGAGAUACAUGUAUAUAUGCCUUUACCUUUGUGCCAAAUUUCAACUUUCAUUCGAUGAAAAAAUGAGCCUAUUGUAAAACCAAUGUCAUUACUUUCUGAAGCACCCUCUUAUUAUACUAUAUUUAUGCAGUAUCAUCUGACAAAAUUAUGAGGUUGAUGAAGUCUAGGUCACAUUGUCUUCAAGCUUGGAGAAUUCUUGAGUCGAUAUUUGUGACAUACAUGUAAGCUCUUUUUAGUUGAAGGUAUGAACAACAAACCACUUGUAUGAGAGGUAUUGUGUUUUAUGACUCAAUUUAAAGCUAGAAUUCAAAUGUACAGUGGUUUGCCAGGUUCUGUGCAAUGUCCUUUUGUAAUGUGGAAAGCCAUUCGUAGUUGUCAUUGUGAACUUGACAUGUUGAUUGUGCCAAAAAUCAAUUGCCGUUUUGUCAUGUUUUGAAUAUUUAAUGAUUCAGUAACUGCAUUCACACACUGCAAUCAGUAGCAUUGUGCUACUGAUUCUUUAAUGUCUGUUCUCUCAUUGACAAUCUUUCUGAAACACAGAUGUAAUUGUAAUGGAACAAAUAAUUGGAUCUCUGUAGUCAGUCAUUUUACUAAAGGAGGGUCUUCAUGUGGGCCCUCGACGCUUUAUGACGAAUUCAGAAGAACCCCCUAUAUAUUUUGCUCAAAUUAAGGAAGGCGAAUAUGCAACAUUUUGCAACCUUGAUGCAAAUUACUAGUAUGUUGAUGAAAUGGAUUUUCCUGCAAAUUAUGGGAAAUGAAAAUAGACUGCCCAUGCCUUACAGGAAAGGGGCAUGCAGACCAGGAUUGGGAACCUGCCCAGUCCAGACAGUGGAAAAAACCUGUGCAGUAUGAAAAAAGGGUCUGCAUAGGGGAUCAUGACAAUGCUAUAUGCUAAAUUUAGCAGGGUCAGCAGCAUUUAAUGGCAAGUUCAGGAGGUUGACAGACCUGGUGGCACACGAGGGGCAGAGGGUGAUAUUUCACACCCUUUGUUGACUUUCUGGUUGUUAUUAAAGUAUCUGCAAUAGCUAUACAUGCAUUUAAAAGCUCGCAUGCAGGCCCUUCUUUUCAGACUGGACAUGUUUUUCUGCUGUCCAGACUACAGGAUAGGUUUUCCUGAAAACCCCAUGCAGACCACCCUUUAGUGUUGUUUGUGAUAAUUAAUUGAGAUGCAAAAUUUGUGUAUCGCUGAUAGCUGUUUAUACUUUAUGGUAUAUGCCAUGAAAAAUUACAUUAAAUAAUAUUGUUGGCUCUGAAUAGUACUCCCUGUAAGUGUCAGUGUGUCUGUGUGUAUUUUAUACAUGAUACACAUGAUUAGCACAUGAAAUGUCAUUGAGGUUAUAUUUUUACUAGCAUUUAUGCGUCUGUGUGUCAACAAGAUAACUGAAGAACGGCUGGGUGGAUUGGUUUCAUAUACUUGGUGCUUUGGUAGGAUGUGAUGAAAGCUGGAAAUGAUUAGAUUUUGGGCACCCUAGCGGCUUCCCUUGGUGUUGCAGCAUAACUUGCUCAAGUUUGGGACACUAUGCCUAGUUUUGGGAUAGCAGGGGCAUUUUUGUCAAAACCUUCUUAAGGGAAUAACUCAAGAAAGGAACAACAGAUUUUCAUGAUGUUUGGUAUGUAUAUUGUACGAAAGGAAAUAUUGAUUAUGCAAAAGAAAAGCACAUUUGCAAAAUCUCA